ACCAACAACACCGACUCCCGCCUCUUUAGACUAAUUAACAUAUCAUGUGAUGUCAGCUCAAAAUGGGCGUGACUUUCGGCGCGCUCGUGUCCAAUACAAACAACUCGAGCGGAGGGCGCAGAAUGAAAACGGAGCGAGUCCGUGUUAGUAAAUACAAGCACAGUGAAGACGGAAUAAAAGAGCGCUGACACAAAAAGCGGAAUAAAACAGUACUGACAGGCACAUUCAAGCACUGGCGGGCAGUUUUGCUGACUCCGCCGAUGGAUGAUGAGGAGGACGAACAGCUUCCUCAGUGCUGUGAAACACCGCUAAGAAACAAGAGCUCAGAGAACAGAGACGCCCACCGUGGAGCGGUUAACAGACACAGGCGCUUUGAAGACAGAUCCACGCAGACACUGAGCUCUGUCCUGAAUUCAGUGAGAGACGGAGAUAUGGCACCGUUCCAGGGUUCAGGGAGAGACGCAUCAUCUCCCUGCGGAUCUGUGGAUGCCAGGACUGCAUUCAGGGCUCACUGUGGACCCAGGGGCCUUGCUUCACUUACUAUGGCCUCUGGGGCUCCAGGGCCAAGAGCACUUUUUUAUGGAAAUGCUGGAUUUCGUGCACACUUCCCCGCGUUGUUCGAACCUGUCCCGGAUGGCGUACAAAACGUCGAAGAAAGAGAGGCCAACGAAGGGAGAGCAGAAGAAAAAGACGACGAACGUGACAUGAGAAUUAGCGUGGAGAUUCAGAUUGGACGUAAAUUGCGUGAAAUGGGGGAUCAGUUUCAGCAGGAACAUCUUCAGCUGUUCAUUCACAGGGGCCGGUUGGGUUUGUUCCAGUUAGUGACGUCAAUCUACAACUUCCUUUUUCCUCAAGAAGGACCCCAAAAUGCAAGAGCACAGAGAUGAGAGGCCACAGCUCACCUUUUCAGGACCCAAAUAAGUUUUACACAGCACUGUAAGAUGUGCACAGAUCUGGAUUUAUGUGGCUCAAAAACUGUUGUGGAAAGAAGGUUGCCGCUGGUCAGACUUCCCUCCUUUUUCCGAAGAAGCCAUUCUCAAAAUGGAGCAUUGGAGUAAAUUUUCUGCAGGUUGCAUAUCAAUAUAAAGAUAUUAAUAUUCUGCCUUAUGUUUUCCCAACAUACGUUCACACAUGAGCGGAUCUCGGUGCAGUGGAUGCCUUAAUAAAACCCUCAGAAGAAGGAAGAACUGAAGAGCUGUGAGAACACUCAAGGUCAACACUUAUGUGGGCGUUUGAGUAUUUGUCCUGACUUUAUUAUUACAUCUUCUGAACUGUGACGCAUCCAGAACAGAAUCUUGAUCUUUCCCUGCUGGUGUAUCACGGAUUGUGCUUGAUUCACUGCUGUUAUCAGUGUUAUUGGGACAGAACAGAUGUGAUGAUACAUAAUUCCAGAGGCCAGUAACAUACUUCAGAAAGAACUGAAAAAGUUUUGUUUAAAUGCAGAAAAACAACUUGAACAUCAGGUUUUACUACCUGUAUAUCAAUAAUGAGCCAUUUUUGAGAAAAACAAAAGAGACAGAUAUGAAUUUUGUGAUUUUAAAAUGCUGAAGAGGAUCAUGUUUUCUCAUUAAGAGAGAAUGUACCACAAAAAUUAUGAAAUAUUAGUUUGCCUUAAUGAAUUAAUUCUGCUGUCAUGUAUCACAGACAUCACAUAAUGACAUGAUAUCUCUCAGGCACUGAAGUAUUACUUUAGAUAUCAGUGUUUAAAGUAUCUCUUUAGUAAUUGGUGAUUAUCAAAAUGUGCUCAAAGAGCAAUACACCAAAUCAUCUGUUACAGUUCAACUCAAGCGAUAAAUGCAAUCAUUAAUAUUUAACAAAUAUAGCUACAAGUUACCUAAUGAGAACUUAUCCAAGUUCUAGGAAGAGCUGUGUUGAUAUGUAUAUGUCAAUCAAUAGUUAUUAUAAAGAGGAUUAUUACUGUAAAUGUCUUAAGAGGGAAAGUGUCCUAUGGAUAGCAAAAAUAUGCUUUAAUUAGAGGGAUAGUUCGCCCUAAAAGUAAAAUUAUGUCAUCACUUACUCACCCUCAUGUCAUUCCGAACAUUCCUGUGUAAUCUCCUUUCUUAAUUGCUGAAAUGUUACAGAUUUUCGCCAGAGCAGCGCCAUUUUAAUUUUGGCGCGAACAAGGCUGCGAGGGAUUUAAGUAAUGACGAAAAAUCUUUCCACAAAAAUUUCAAUAGAUAAAAAUUCCAUAAAAUUACAGUACAUACCAAGACUGUCCAGCCUCGUUUCUUCCUCGUAAAAUUCUAUGGGUUUGUAUAUGAUGACAGAUUUUGCAUUUUUUUGUGAACUGUCCCUUUAAGGACGAGGACAAUAAUGAACUCAGAUGUGAGCGUGUUCAAUUUGAAGCGAUGUUACGCAGCGCCGCUUCAAGUCGAACAAACCUGUAGAUUUACUGAAGCGUCCAACGAGAAGGCCAGAUGGCAUCAUGUGACUGGCUUAUGAUCUGGCGCUGAUAUGAAUAUUUAAGAGUUUGUAUAUGAUGUGCGAUAAAACGGGGGAAUUUAUUUUCCAUAUAUAUAUUUGUAAGACCAUAUUGUAAAGUGAAAUUAAUAUAAAUAUGAGAUUAAUAAUUUAAGUUAUAAAAAUAGAUAUCGUUCCAUUGCUGGUUUCUUAAAGGGUUAGUUCACCCAAAAAUGAAAAUGAUGUCAUUAAUUACUCACCCUCAUGCCGUUCCACACAUGUAAGACCUUCGUUAAUCGUUGGAACACAAA